AUGUCAACGUGGAACCCAAACGGACAAUCUUUGAUACAAUUGGUGAAUGUUUUGGUGGAUUCUCUAUCCCCAUCACAUGAAAGAAGAUCAAAUGCUAUGGAGGUUUUGGAGUCUUUUAAAUUUCAGCCGGAAUUUUUAAACUACCUGUGCUAUAUUUUGGUGGAAGCGGAAAAUGACACUCAGUUGUGCAGAAAUUUAGCUCCAAUUGAUCUACAAAAUUGUAGAGCGGCUGCGGGUAUGUAUUUAAAAAAUUCGAUUUUACAAGACUCGAAGGAAUACAAUCUGGAUUACGUGAAGCACAACAUCAUCCAAGGCCUUUUUUCCCCAAUUAGUUUGAUAUCGAACAUCACCGGCAUCGUUAUUACGACGCUGUUUUCCACGUACUAUAGACAAAACAGAAGUGAUUGUAACGGAAUACAGAUGAUUUCGCAAUUACUUGAAUUGGCAUCACAGGGCAAUGAAGCAAGCAUAAAAGCUCUUUCUAAAAUUAUGGAAGAUAAUGCACAGUUCUUUCAGUUGGAGUGGUCAAACUCUAUAAAACCCAUGGAAUUUUUGGUCAACAAUCUUUUGAGUUUAAUGACGUAUGAGGGUAGUGCAGUUAUUCGAGCAGAAGCUAUCAAGUGUAUUAACACAAUUAUUCCGUUACAGGCUCAGAGUUUUGUUGUUAGAGCGGAUGAAUUUUUGUCUAAUUUAUUUGGCUUGGCUCAACAUGACGAGGAUAGACUUGUACGCAUUCAAUUAUGUAUUUCGCUGGUCAAUUUGUUAGAGUUUCGCCCUGAUAAACUUUUAGAUCACUUGAAUGGUAUCGUACAAUUUGUUCUACAUAUAAUGAACACUGUAACUGAUGAAAGCUUGACCCUCGAGGCAGGAGAAUUUCUAUUGGCGUUUGCUUCCAAUUCACACAUACCAGAAAAUGUGAUCAAGCCUUUCAUAAACGAUAUAAUUCCUCUUCUCUUGUCCAAAAUGGUUUAUAACGAAGAGGAUGUAAUGAUAUUUGAAGCGUCAAAUGAGAAUGAUGCUGAUUUAGAGGACAAAGAUGAGGAUAUAAGGCCCGUUUCUGCGAAACUUAGUAAGAAAAGGGAUGAUGGAAAUCUUGAUGACGAUGAAGAUGAGGAUGAUGGAGAUGUGGAUACUCAAUGGAACUUACGUAAAUGUUCUGCCGCGACAUUGGAUGUUUUGACUAGCAUUUUGCCCCGUGAUGUGCUGUCGGCAGCGUUUCCUUUUUUGCGUGAACAUCUAUCUGCAAAUCAGUGGUUUAUUCGUGAGGCCACUAUAUUAGCACUAGGAGCAAUGGCCGAAGGUGGUAUGAAAUAUUUCACUGAACAACUUCCAACUUUAAUACCGUUUUUAGUCGAAGAAUUGAAAGAUGAGUGGGCCCCUGUUAGAACUAUUACAUGUUGGGCUCUAGCAAGGUUCGCACCCUGGAUAUUACAAGAUAAUACGCAAUUUUUGAUUCCUGUUAUCGAACCCAUCAUGAAUGCUUUAAUGGAUAAAAAGAAGAGCGUCCAAGAGGCUGCAAUUAGUAGUGUUGCCGUCUUUAUUGAGACCUGCGAUUCAGAGAUCGUGGAGACAUUGCUUUACAAUGAAUUACUUGCGAAAUUCAAUCAAUGCUUCCAGUUCUAUCAGAAAAAGAAUCUCAUUAUUCUUUACGAUGCAGUUGGUAGACUGGCUGAAAAAUGUGAAUUCGAUGAAACAGCUAUGGAACUCAUCUUGCCCCAUCUAAUCGGCAAGUGGACCUCGUUAGCUGACAAUGACAAGGAGCUAUGGCCUCUUUUGGAGUGUUUGUCGUACAUUGCCGCUUCAUUGGGAGAAAAAUUCUUACCGAUGGCUCCUGAUGUUUAUUCAAGGGCUUGGAGGAUUCUAUGCCAAUGCGUUGAAUUGGAGGAAGCCUCACAGUCAAAUCCAAACAUAGAAGUUCCGGAGAAAGAUUUUAUGAUCACCUCAUUGGACUUAAUCGAUGGUUUGGUUCAAGGUUUGGGUUCUAAUAGUCAAGAGCUACUUUUUCCAAAGGGCAAUACGAGCAUGUUCCAUGUAAUGUUAAUUUGCCUCCGCGAUUCUUUACACGAAGUAAGGCAGAGCUGCUUUGCUCUUUUAGGUGAUAUUGCCUAUUUCUUUCAACCCCAGCUAAUAGCUACUCAUUUGGUCGAUUUCUUGAGAUACAUCAGUAACGAGAUCCUUCACAAUGACGAUAAUGAAGCUGCACCUUCACUUAAUAACGCCAUCUGGUCACUGGGAUUAAUAAGCGAAAAAAUCGACUUAGCCGAAUACAUUAUUGAUCUUUCCCGAAUUGUGCUGGAUGCAUUUACGGACACUACAAAAGUUAUUCAAACUUCCAUCAUGGAAAACUUGGCGGUGACCAUCGGUAGAAUGGCUCAUUUCCAUCCUGAGAUAUUCACGUCAGGUGCUUUUGCUACAGAUUCCAAUUGGUCCAGAUGGUGUGAACACGCUGCAAACUUAAGCGAUCCAGAAGAAAAAGCAGCUGCUUAUGGUGGCUUUCUUAAGAUAAUGAAUUUAACAGACACAUCCAUCCCGAUGUCUUCAUCGACAAUACACAAAUUUAUUCAAGGCAUAUCCAGGGACGUUGAAAUUAUACCAUUUUUGGAUGAUUUGCGUGCCUUCUUGAUGAGCCAAUCAUCCACCGUGCAGAACUUGAAGCUGUCUGAGGAAGAAAUAUUUUUUCUUCAACAAAUGUCGUGA